UAAGUAUUUAUGAUUCUAAUUUAUUUCUUUAUAUAAGAAUAUAUAAUUCUAUAAAUGUAUUCUCAUAAAAGAAUUUAUUUAUGGACCAUCAAGAUGAACAAGAUAUUGAAAUUGAAGCACUUGAAUCUAUCUAUUCGGAGGAAUUAGAGAUCAUAUCACGAAAACCUUAUGUAUUUCUUAUUCGUGUGAAAGGUUCAAAUGCAGAUACAAGAGAUGAGCACAAAGUAACAAUUUCUAUACAGUUGCAGUUCAAUUUUGUGGAAACUUAUCCUGAAACUGCACCAUUAAUUCAAGUUACAAAUUGCUCUGAUGAAAUGAGUGAAGAACGCAUUAAUUCUUUACAAGCCUUUCUUGAAAAAAAAGCAGAAGAAAACCUAGGUGCAGUGAUGAUAUUUACAUUGGUUUCCGAAGCUCAAGAACGUCUUCUUGAUUUUAUUCAAGAUAUAAAAAAAGAUAUUCAACUUGAAAAAGACAGAAUUGCACUAGAGCAAGAACGUUUAGACGAAAUUAAAUAUAAAGGUACUCCGGUAACAAUGGAGAAUUUUUUAGCUUGGAAAAUACAGUUUGAUGAAGAGAUGCGCAUAAUUGGAAAGCGAAAAACGGAGUUACUUGAAAAAAAUAGAAAAUUAACAGGCAAACAAUUAUUUGAAAGAGAUUCUUCGUUGAUUGACUCUGAUAUUCUAUUUAUAAAUGAUCAAGGCAUCAAAGUAGAUGAAUCGUUGUUUCAAGAUCUCGAUGAUCUUGAACUAGAAGACGAAGAUUAAAUAGUUCAAAAUUAAAUAAAUUUUUGUUUUA